UUCAUCAUUUUGCCAUUUCACGUCCAGCUGGCAGCGAAAUCGAAAGUGACUGCUCCCGAAGACCCAAGACAUAUAUAUAUAUCUAUACAUAUAGAGAGGUCUUCAGAAAAAAGUUCAUGGUACUACUGCCAACAGAUCCUCCCGGCAGCUGAAGCAGGCAGUUGACUUUCAAAAGUGUCAAUAAAAUUUAUGUAAAAAAGCAGUUAACGAAAAAGUUGAUACAGCAUUGACAACAACAACAAUAACAACAACAAGGAGAGCAACCUAAGGAGCCACAACAACAGCAACAAAACACAGCUCAAAAUGCUGCUCAAAAUUUUCAUCCUGGCCUUUCUGGCCUCCCAAUCCUCGGCAGACUCAGCGGAUCCCCUGGCGACAUCUGCCAGCGAGAGUCAAGUAAAGUUGACCGAGGAAAUUCCAGCUGCGGCGGUCCCUUUCGAGACCUCACACAAACAUCCCGACGCCUUGGAGCGGGAGGAAGGCUUCCAUACCUCCCAUAGAAUUAGCAUAAGGGCCACAGAUUCCGCCGACUAUUCGAUGAACUUAUUGCCCACCAAGGAGCGUCCCGAGCUGAAUCCCGUUCUGAGUGCUCUGAUCAACGAGGAUGUGAUGAAGAGCAUCGAGGCUAAACGAGCCAUCGAAGAGGAGGAGCUGGCCGAAGUGAGGCGUGAAAUUGAGGAGGCCGCUCAAGCGGAAUUGGCCCAAAAGAGGGAACCGACCACCACUGAGGCGCCUGCUCCACUGCUGACAACCCUGCCCACAGCCGCCAAGAAGAUCGAUAACCUGGAUGAAGAUAUUGUGGUGGAUCCCCACGAAGAGUUCGUCAACCAAAACUUCGCCCUGGAAGGUGCAGGCAGUGAGAACAGCAAGAAAUCUCGCAUUGAGAUCAAAAAGGGACCCAAUGGUCAGGAUUACGAGUACGAGUAUGUCUACUACUACGAAGAGGACGAGGAGCCCAGCAAAGUGGAGGCGUCUGCUGAGCCCGAGGUGCGCGGUAAGACUAGGUACACGAAUAUCGAUAGGAGCACGACAGCCACUCCAAGUGAGAAUAGUCUGCAGAGUGGCAAGGCCAAGGGCAGAUCCUCAGAUGCCUCUGAAGAUAUCGAGGCCGAACGUCUGCCGAUGAUCACCAGGUUCCCCAGUCGCGGCAAGAACAUUGAAGUGCCCCCAACGCCCGCCUUGGAUUCCUUGGAAACCGCCGCCGAGCGCAAGAAGAUCAGUGUCAAGCGUCCCAGUUUGGAGUUGGUGGACAGUGCUACCUUCAACACUGAUGAGAAGCAGAUCAAGGCCACUCGCAAGGGUGGUGAAAGUGAACUGAAGCCAGUGAUUGCCGUCGAACAGGAGGAGGCGGCGGCCAGGAAGAAGCAGGAGCAGCAGGCCAAGGACGAGCAGGCCAAAAAGGAUCAGCAAAAGGAGGCCGAAGCGGCAGCCGAACAAGAGGAAUCGGAACAGACCACGCCUUCAAUGGAGAAGGCCGCCCUCGAUCUCUACGCCAUUUUGACCAAUGAAAACCUUAACAACGAGCAGACCACCGCCUUUCCAGAUACCGAGGGAUCCGAGGGUGUCACCACUUUUGCUCCAGACACCGCCAGCACGGAUCAGGAUGACGCCGGCGGUCUGACCACGCUGACCGAUGAGAUUUCCUCGACCAGCAGCACCACCACUACGACCACAACGACAACCACCACGACCACCACAACGGAGGCACCCACUACCACCACUACCACAACCACAACCACGGCAGCUCCUUCUCUCUUCGGUGGCAGGAGGUCGGGAUUGAAUGGUCUGGCCGGUCGCAAUCGUUUCAAGCUAAACAGGUCCGAGGGCGGCAGCACCACCACAAGCACCACCGAGGUACCAGCCACCGAAACCACAAAAACUGGCAGAAAUCGCUUUUCGCGUCCCUCGAUUGGAGGACGUUCUCGUCCUGGAGCUCGCACCACCGCAGCACCAGAAGCCCAAUCAUCGGCAGCUCCAUCCGCGGAGGAGGAAGUUGUGGUCGCAAAGGAAGUUAAGCCCGUAAGCACGGGCUUCGCACGCGGCAGACCUCGCAACCGUUUCAAUCUGCGCGGCUCCACCACCACGAGCACCACCGAGCGUCCCAGCGAGGAAUCUCCCGCUGAAGGUGACGCCCCCGCGGAACCUACCGCCCCCUCAUCAACCACUGCAAGGAGCACGCUGCGUGGUCGUCCCGGACUGGGAUUACGUGGACGCAGUCGCACCACCACCACCAAGGCACCCGCCAACGCAGAGGGUGGUGCCGAGGCGUCUGAGGGUGGUGCCACCACCAGUUCCGAGGAAGCCAAGUCCGCAGCAGCUGCUCCCGCUUCUCCCGCGGAGCCAGUGCGUCCGUCCCGCUUCAAUCUUCACCGGGCCGGCGGCAACCGGCUGCUGCCACGCGGAAAGCUGGGAAGAUCGGGAGUCAGCACGGAGGCGCCCAAGGAAUCGUCGCCAGCGGCCGAAGAUUCAGCCGCCGAUAGCAGUAGCCAUCACAAUGACGUCAAGGAGGAGGAGACGGCAGGCGGCGAGGCCGGCGAGAAGUCGAACAGCGAGGCGGGCGAUCCAUCCGCCGCCGCUGCUCCUGCGUCUCCCGUUACCGGGCUUAAUCGCCUCAAGACCCGGCCACGCCUCAACGCCCUAACGCACAAGACUGAUGCGGUCAAGCCGAAGGCAGCCGCAGCCCCCGCCCCCGCGCCCAGGAAGAUCAAUCCCCUGCUGGCCAAGCGACGACUCCACCUGGGAGCCACCUCCACCACGGAAGCCCCCGCUGAGGAGGAGCACUCUUCGGCAGACUCCUCUGCGGAGCAGCCCGCCAAGGAGGAGGCUUCCGCCGGAGGAAGCGACGAGUCUGGCGGAGAUGGAGCCGGCAAGCAGGAGCAGGAAACCACGGAGGGGACGGAGGCAACCACCAAGCAGCAGGCCCGUGGAUUGGGACUCUUGGGACAGCGUCGUCGUCUGCCGCUUCGCAAGCCGGGAACGAUUCUGUAAAGCCACUCAAAUCCAAUCCACACAACACAAUCCAAUCCAAUACAAUCCAAUCCAAUCCCAACCAGUCCAAACCACAAAUCGCCAUCCGCCCAUUGAAUCCUGAAUAGAAUACUCGUCACGAUUCGCUGCUGCAUAAUCCUAAAAUCGGGAUGAUGGCCCACACAAGCGAUAAUAACUCUUACAAAUUGUUUGAUAUAUACAUAUAUGUACGUCCUUUAAGUUUCCUCCUCCUCGUACUCCUCCUCCCAAGGACUCGUUAGCUUUGUACACAUAUUACACUAAUUAAACUACUGAUAAAUGCGGAUAUACAAUGUAAGUAGGAUCCCUCCUUGCGUCAAGAGAAAAAGUCACCAAAACGGAAUUCACGGAGCGAGCCGAAGAACGAGGAGAUUCCAAGCCACUCGUAGACCACUAAGCACAAAAAAAACCCGAAAAAUGUAACUGAGAUGCGAUUGCCCUAUAAUAUAUAUAUA